AUGGGCCGCUACCGUUCGUACUCUCGUUCUCCAUCCCCUCGACCUCGCAGGCAUGAUCAGUACAAAGAGGACCACCAGAAACGGAGAAGAAGUAGGAGUAGGCAGAGGGAGGACGAAGAGGAACGGCGCAGAAGUGUAAAGGACGGACGCAGAUCGCGCAGUCGCAGUCCUUCCAGAGACGAUGAUAGGAGGGAGAAGAAACGAAAGCGAGACAAGUCAGCGGAGCGGAAGGCCCGCAAGGCCGAGAAGAAACGGUUGAAAGAGGAAGAGGAAGCUCGUCAAGUUGCUGAAUUGAGCAUCUACAGUGCCACCGACAACCCCUUCCACGACGUUAACUUGGGUCAGCAAUUUCGCUGGCACAAGAAAGCCGAGAAGGAGAGAAAACAAGGCUUGACUCUUGCCGAAGCUCAACGACGGGACGCGAUUCGUCGACAGGAGGCCAAAGAAGAAUUAGAGAGACUGAAUAAGCGGAGGGCAGAACGGGAGGUAGAACAGCAGCUCAAGGAAGAGGAAGAAAUCAGAAUGCAGAGGCUUGCGGAGUCGGCGCAAAUGGCUGAGUGGCUAGCAAAAGAUGGGGAUUUCCAACUCGAACAGGAAAGACGCAGAGCAGGUAUUCGGCUAAAGGAGAAGCGAGCAAAAGCUGUGGAUUUCCUAGUCUUGAACCUGAAGUAUGUGGAUCCAUCAGAGGAUGUGGAUGAUGGCCUUGGUCUUGAUGAUGCCGGUCUGGAAAUCGAUUUAGACGAGCCCUAUGCUAUUCUCGAGAACCUGUCCCUCGAACAGACUGAAGAACUUCAUGAUGAUAUUGAGAAGUAUCUCACUCUUGAGCAGUCAGAGGCUAAUAUCGACUUCUGGACUAACAUGAUGGUCGUCUGCAAGGAUUGGCUCGAGAAGCUUCGUAGUAGUCGUGACCGAGGUACCAAUGUCGUGGCCGUCGUCGAAAAUGAUGUUUCUGCUAUUCUUAACGGGAAAUCCGUGGACCAGUUAUCUCAACUACAACGCCAGAUUCAGGCCAAGCUGACAAGCGGUGAACCUAUUGAUACCGAUUAUUGGGAAGGAUUGUUGAAAAAUUUGCUUGUUUGGAAGGCGAAGGCAAAACUGAAGGACCUUCACGAAGUCGUGGUCCGUAACAGACUAGAGCAAUUGCGCAAGCGACAACGCGAUGAAGCACUUUUGGCACAGAGAGAACUUCUUGCCGGCGUUUCGAAGAGUACGAGGUCGUGGGGUGGUGAUAUGCGUGCGGAAGCCAUUGCGCAACCAGCUGCGGAGGUACCCGUUGAAGUCGAGGAAGUUUCAGAACCGUAUGAUCGCUCGAUGAGCCCUGCUCCGCUCGACAUUAGGAAGUUACCUUAUGAUGACCGACAAAUUCGUAUUGUUCCAGAGAAGGAGGACGUCCAAGGACUGCUUCAAUUGAGGCGCAACGUCGCUGGAUCACGCUUCGUUUCAAAGCAAACUACCGAGACGACGGAGACGCAGGAUGCCGAGGCACCGAGUGGUGCAGAUUUGGACUCUGAGGCCCUAUACAGGGCGGAAGCUGAGAAAGAACUAGACGAGGAAGAGGAACUCUUCAAUCUCGAAGAGACCAUAGCUAAUCCGACAACGUACAACUGGGAAGACAAGUACCGCCCGCGGAAGCCAAGAUACUUUAACCGUGUUCACACUGGAUAUGAAUGGAACAAGUAUAAUCAAACACAUUAUGACACUGAUAACCCUCCUCCGAAGGUUGUUCAAGGAUACAAGUUUAACAUUUUCUAUCCGGACCUUAUCGAUAAAUCAAAGGCUCCCACUUACAAGAUUGUUAAGGAACCUGGUAAUGACGAAACUGUUUUGCUUUACUUUACUGCGGGUCCUCCUUAUGAGGAUAUCGCGUUUCGGAUUGUCAACCGUGAUUGGGAAUAUUCACACAAACGUGGUUUCCGCAGCAGCUUCGAUCGCGGAUGCCUUUCCUUGUGGUUCAAUUUCAGAAGAAAUUUCUAUCGUAAAUGAUUUUAUGAUAGCAAGAAUCGAUUCUGGUCGAUUCUAUCUUUUCUUUUAUAAAUAGUCCCUGUUUGUUACAUACUGUAUCAGUGUAUGCAGUGCAGACACGAAUAUCGGAGUUUUAUAUGUAGUGGCGAGUCAGAAUGAC